ACGACACCUGUCCCUUCUUUCUUAGGUUUUUUCACAUCAUCCUCGUUAUAUCGUUUUACAUAUAAAGGACCAAAGAAACCAAAAUAUCACAGUGUCCAUCUUUUGCAAAAGAAGAAACGAAGAGCAUCUUCAAUUAUUAACACUUACACAAGAGAAGAGAGAGAACAGCUAAAGAAUCAGAGAGAUAAUGGCAGAUGAGUCAGAGGCUUUUGCCACGUCGGCGCCGUUAGCUCCGGUGACCGGUGAGCGAAAAGUACGAAAUGAUUUGGAGGAAACAUUACCAAAACCUUAUUUGGCAAGAGCAUUAGCAGCACCAGAUACAGAGCAUCCGAAUGGAACAGAAGGUCAUGACAGCAAAGGCAUGAGUGUUAUGCAACAACAUGUUGCUUUCUUCGACCAAAACGGCGACGGAAUCGUCUAUCCUUGGGAGACUUAUGCAGGAUUCCGUGACCUCGGUUUCAACCCAAUCUCCUCUAUCUUUUGGAGCUUACUCAUUAACUUAGCGUUUAGCUACGUUACUCUUCCGAGUUGGGUGCCAUCACCAUUAUUGCCUGUUUAUAUCGACAACAUACACAAAGCUAAGCAUGGAAGUGAUUCAAGCACCUAUGAUACCGAAGGAAGGUACGUUCCGGUUAAUCUCGAGAACAUAUUUAGCAAAUACGCGCUUACGGUUUCGGAUAAGUUAUCAUGGAAGGAGGUUUGGAACGUAACCGAGGGAAACCGAAUGGCAAUCGAUCCUUUUGGAUGGCUUUCAAACAAAGUUGAAUGGAUUCUACUCUAUAUUCUUGCAAAGGAUGAAGAAGGGUUCUUGUCUAAAGAAGCUGUGAGAGGUUGCUUUGAUGGAAGUUUAUUUGAAUACUGUGCUAAAAAGAAUAAAGCGAAGGCCAAUUCUCGGAAACAAGAUUAAGAAGAAUGAGUUUACCACUUUACCUUAUUAUGUUUGUAUAAGUAUGUGUAUUACUGUAUUUGGAUCCUUGUAUUACUAUUAUGCUCUUGAUUAAAUAAGACAAACAAAUAUAUAUAUGUGAAGAAAAUGUUGUGUGAAAUUUGUUAAACUAAGACUUAGAAUUUUCAUCCUGGUAGGACAAGACAUCUAGCUUGGUUGUUUCCAA